CUUCACUCCGUACUAUUCUCAUCAAACCAUCUACUAUCCAACAUCUCUAUCUCUCCAUCAAAUAUCUCCAAAAAAUGCCUAUCCCCACGUACAGCGACCAAGAUACUUCGAACGCCCCCGUCACUGGUACCGCUGGCCAGGCGUCGCUUGAAACCAUUUCGUCCACAAACAGCGGCGCCGGUCGUGUCCUCGGGACUGGGUCUGGUGGUACGGUCACGGCCCCUGGACACUCCUCUGCAUCGGAGGAGAUACCAUUAAGCAAAGAGGAGGCGGACCGUCUAUACGAAGAAAGGAUGGAAGAGGAAUAUGCGAAGAGAGAAGGGGGUGCAUGAUCGAAAUCUGGCUGCAGUGGUAUUAUUUAUCGAGGUUUAGUUGGACAUGUUGCAGGGCUACGAUACUAUGAUGCUAUGAUGCCUAUAAAUGUGGAAUAAUAUGGAUACAUGGAUAUUCGUGCAGCGCAGUACUAUGUCUGGUUGAUUACUUGCCCUGGAGCUAUUCUCGGCAACUUGUAAUAGACACAGCAAUGAAUUCACCUAUCUCUAGUUCUUUUUGAGGGGAAUCCACAAGCAAGCCUAGGAGAGUGUGCAAUAACAUUAACCCCUCCAUCGUGCCAGGAAGAUCCAUCGAAAGCAAAGAGCACCAUCCUGGGAAUUCCGACCAGGUAUGGUGCCGCAAAAAAAAAAAAAAAAAAA